AUGACGGUGUCUACAAGUACACCUGAAACGGCUGUGACGGCAUCUACAAGUAUACCAGAGACGGCUGUAACGGCUUCUACAAGUACACCGGAGACGGCUGUGACGGCAUUUACAAGUAUACCAGAGACUGCUGUAAAGGUGUCUAAAAGUAUACCAGAGACGGCUGUAACGGCGUCUACAAGUAUACCAGAGACGGCUGUAACACAGACAGCUGUGACGGCAUUUAAGUAUACCAGGACAGCUGUAACAGCGUCUACUGAAGAGACGGCUGCGGCUUCUACAAGUACACCAGAGACGGCUGUGACGGCAUCAUUCUUGGUUUACCAAAAGACGGCUGUAACGGCGUCUACAAAUAUACCAGAGACGGCUGUAACGGCGUCUACAAAUAUACCAGAGACGGCUGUAACGGCGUCUACAAGCAUACCAGAGACGGCUGUAACGGUGCUAAAGCACACCAGAGACGGCUGUAACGGCAUCGCGAGACGCUGUAGCGGCAUCUACAAGUAUACCAGAGACGGCUGUAACGGUGUCUACAAGUACACCAGAGACGGCUGUAACGGCGUCUACAAGUCAGAGACGGCUAACGACAAGGAGACGGCUGUAACGGUGUCUACAAGUAUACCAGAGACGGCUGUAACGGCAUCUACAAGUAUACCAGAGACGGCUGUAACGGUGUCUAAAAGUAUACCAGAGACGGCUGUAACGGUGUCUACAAGUAUACCAGAGACGGCUGUAACGGUGUCUACAAGCAUACCAGAGACGGCUGUAGCUAUACCAGCGGCUGUAGCGGCAUCUACAAGUAUACCAGAGACGGCUGUAGCGGCAUCUACAAUAUACCAGAGACAUAUAACGGUGUCUACAAGUAUACCAGAGACGGCUGUAACGGUGCCCAGAGACGGCUGUAACGGUGUCUACAAGUGCACACGGACGGCUGUAACGGUGUCUACAAGUAUACCAGAGACGGCUGUAGCGGCAUCUACAAGUAUACCAGAGACGGCUGUAGCGGCAUCUACAAGUAUACCAGAGACGGCUGUAACGGUGUCUACAAAUACCAGAGACGGCUGUAACGGCAUCUACACCAGACGGCUUAUACCAGAGACGGCUGUAACGGUGUCUACAAGUAUACCAGAGACGGCUGUAGCGGCAUCUACAAGUACACCUGAGACGGCUGUAACGGUGUCUAAAAGUAUACCAGAGACGGCUGUAACGGCAUCUACAAGUAUACCAGAGACGGCUGUAACGGUGUCUACAAGUAUACCAGAGACAGCUGUAACGGCAUCUACAAGUACGCCAGAGACGGCUGUAACGGCGUCUACAAGUACACCUAAGACGACUGUGACGGUGUCUACAAGUACACCAGAGACUGCUGUGACGGUGUCUACAAGUACACCAGAGACGGCUGUGACGGCGUCUACAAGUACACCUGAGACGACUGUGACGGUGUCUACAAGUACACCAGAGACGGCUGUGACGGCGUCUACAAGUACACCUGAGACGACUGUGACGGUGUCUACAAGUACACCAGAGACGGAUGUAACGGCACCUACAAGUACACCAGAGACGGCUGUGACGGCGACCAAAGUACACCUGAGACGGCUGUGA